AUUUUUUUAAAUUUUAAAUAAGACAGAAUCAUUUCAGAAAUCUUUAGAGAGAAUAAGAACUCUCUAUGAGCUGUUUUGAAUUUGUAAGGAUUAAUUUUUAAUGGAUAUUCCAUAAGGACCAAGACUGCAAGUGUCAUAAAUAUUAGAGUGAUUAAUGUGCCAUGAAGAGGCUAAGGGUUGUAAGUUAACACAACAAAGUACAAAUAUAAUGUGAGCGUUGGCUACUAAGUGACUUCAGGGACACACACGGUUUAGACAUUCAUUUCUAACUAAUUUUUUGGAUUAAGCAGACGAUAGAAGGUUCAAGUUUUUGGUUCAUUGUUUCAUAAAUAAACUGUUUGAAAAAAUGUGUUUAAUAUUCAUCUGAGCAAAGAAUUAUGCAUAAAAUUAAAACUUACUAAGUUUGUAUUUUAAACAGUACAUCUUGAAUGAACAUAACUAUAUAUCUAUUUAUUUCUAUGUUUUAAAAAGAAAUUUAAAACAGCUUCAAAAAUGAAUAACAGCAUGGGGGAUUUCUCAGUCGAUGAAAUAGAGGAACAGGAUGAAACUAGCCCAGCAAUGAUCAUGUUAACCACCUUAAGGCCUGUGUCUGCAAUCAGUGCAGAAGCCAAGCUUGAAAUGUAUCUUAUGACAUUCUCUAGCUACAAAAUGGCUAGCUACAUAAACAACUAUGUCCUCAUCACAGAGGUUGUUGUUGGAAGUGUGGCUAACAUACUGGCACUGGUUGUCAUGUUGGGACUGCUCAAGCUGACUAUCUGUAACUACAUGGCAGCUUUGGCUGUAGCAGAUCUUUCGGUGGUGCUUGGGCCAGCCCUCAUCAGGUGGAUGCAGAAUGUCAGUCAUGACCCUAGGGCAUUGAACUCUUAUCUUUGCAGGUUCCUUAACAUUCAGUCUUAUUGGAGCUUCAGCCUCAGUGCCUGGCUGCUAGUGGCUAUGACAAUAGAUAGGUAUAUUGCCAUCACCUUCCCGCUGAAAGCUCUGGUCUGGUCCACACCAAGACGUGCCAGGUUUGUAAUAGCUGCUCUUAUGCUACUAAUGUUUCUUAUAAACAUGCACUUCUUUUUUACUGCAGUUGUAGUCAAACGGCGAGAUGACCAGCAAUAUGGUUGUGUUUUCUAUGACCCCUACAAGCAGUUCAUAGAGGAUGUUUGGCCAUGGUUAGAUGCCACUGUAUACUCUUUUAUUCCAUUCUCCUGCUUACUUGUAUUCAAUUACCUCAUCAUAAGAAGUCAGAAAAGAUCAGCAAAGGCAUUUUCAUCUCUCAAAGGCUUCGUUAAAAACCAUAAAUCUAGAUCUCCAACCAGAAUCAAUCAGAAGUUAACAAUGACUUUACUGACAGUCAGUUUCAUUUUCUUGGCCCUUACAGCACCAAGAAUUAUACUGAUUAUUAUCAGGACCUCUGUUUUCAACUUUAAGCCCACACCAACAACCAUAGAUUUUAAAGUCCUGGCAGACUACACACUGACAGCAAGCAUCAUCAAUGUGCUAAUCAUUGGCAACCACUGCAUUAAUUUCUUCCUAUACAUACUGACAGGUAGGAAAUUCAGACAGCAAAUAAUCCUCAUGUUCAAACAGUGCUGGCCCAAAAGACUGAAGCAUAAAAAUAUUACUUCUGUACAGAGUUGCAACACUGAGACCAAUUCUCAGAACGGAGGUAGCAGAGAUAUAAGCACAGUGAUAGAUGUGACUGAAUUAUAAACUAUCCCGAAAGUACACAACAGCUGCUAAUAAUGAUAUAUAAAAUGUUAUCUGAUUCAAAUAUUUCUCAAUUUCAACAUGUUAAAUAAACAUUCUCUUCAUAUUUUAUCUUUAACAAAAUAUAUAAAAUAUUGAACUUUUUAAAAGUUUCAAUUAAUUAUUUUACAAUUUUUAACAAACAAAUGCUAAAACGGAAGAAACAAUUAUUUGGUCUACAUUGCUGUACACUCACAAAAAAAAGCUACAUUUUUAUUAAUGUAUUUGUUGAAUAAAUUGAAUCAAAAAAAAAAGGAAACCAAGUCUUAGACAGCCUAAAUGUUUUCUACUGACCUCAAUA